UUAUACUUUUUGAUACUAACAUACAUAAUUGGAGCGUGGUCAGUCCCUUUCAACUAAGAUAUUUUGUGAUUAAAACUGUUAUCACUGAAUUUUCUUGAAAUAUCGAAAUGGCGAAAUUCGAUCUGACAUCACGUAUAGGUCAAUAUCUAGAUCGACAUUUAGUAUUUCCCCUUUUGGAGUUCUUAUCUGCAAAACAGAUUUACGAUGAGGAUGAAUUGCUCCAAGCAAAGCUCGAUAUUCUUAGCAAGACGAAUAUGAUAGAUUAUACUAUUGAUAUCAGAAAACAACUUUAUCCUAACUUGGAAGUACCAGAGGAGUUAAAAGCACGUCGACAAGAGGUUCUUCAGGAACUUGGUAUUUUACAAAAUAAUGUAUCAGUUGUUGUUGCUCUUAUGAAUAAUGAGGAAGUUAUGAAGAAGAUGGAAAAUAUGCGAGACUCUAAAGCAUUAAAUAACUAUCUGACUCAAGAAUCUGAUUUUAGAGUGGAAAUGAUGGAUAGUUUUGUGAAGUUAGCAAAAUAUCGUUAUGAAUGUGGCAACUACUCUGUUUCGACAUCAUAUUUAUAUUUCUAUAUGCUUAUAAUGCCGCCAACAGAUAAGAAUUAUUUGAAUGUUCUUUGGGGCAAAUUGGCAUCAGAAAUUUUAGUACAAAACUGGGAAACUGCAUUAGAGGAUGUGAACAAGCUAAGAGAAUAUAUUGAUAGUAAUGUUAUAGGAAAUUCUCUUCAAAUAUUACAACAGCGAACAUGGCUCAUUCAUUGGAGCUUAUUUGUAUUUUUCAAUCAUGUGAAAGGUAGAGAUUUGAUCAUAGAAAUGUUUCUGUAUAGACCACAUUACCUAAAUGCUAUUCAAACAAUGUGUCCUCAUAUAUUGAGAUAUUUAGCAGCAGCUGUCAUUGUCAAUCGUUCUAGGCGAUCUAUAUUGAAAGAUCUUGUAAAAGUAAUACAACAGGAAUCGUAUACAUACCGUGACCCAAUUACAGAAUUUUUGGAACAUCUAUAUGUCAAUUUUGAUUUUGAUGGAGCAAGGCAAAAAUUGCAAGAAUGUCAAACAGUUGUAUUUAAUGACUUUUUCUUGAUUGCAUUAUUAGGUGAAUUUGUAGAGAAUGCUCGUUUAAUGAUCUUUGAAACAUUCUGUCGUAUUCAUCAGUGUAUCAGCAUCGGAAUGUUAGCAGAGAAAUUAAAUAUGAAAGCAGAUGUAGCAGAAUGUUGGAUCGUUAAUUUAAUACGUAAUGCAAGAUUAGAUGCCAAAAUAGACAGUAAACUAGGUCAUGUUGUGAUGGGUGGACAACCUGCAUCACCAUAUCAACAACUAGUUGAAAAAAUUGAAACACUGAGUGUGCGAAGUGAAGCGUUAGAAAACUUGAUUGAACGUAAACUAAAAGCUAAAAAUCAAGAUCCCGUAAGUAUAAUGUGGAACUAACUACAUAAGUACAAAAAUUCUUGGAAUCUGGAUUUGUAAAGAAGGCAUGGAUACCGUUAAAGAAGGCAUUUGAAGUACCUUCAAACGUAAGCUGAACAUUAACAACACACAGCAGAUAUAGCAAAACUACACAAUAAUAUAUUCGUGAAUAUGUUUUUAUUCUCACAAUUUUGGUAAAAAACUGAAUGAUAGAAUAAAAAUAUAUUUGCGUGAAUAUAAUGUAUUCAUAUACAUUGCGAUACAAAUACUAUUUCUAGUAACAUAUACAUCUGCAGCAAGAACAAUUUAUAUACUUUCCACAUCGAAAUUUUUUAAUAUAUAUUCGAAAAGGAA